AUGUAGAAUAAUUAAGGUGGUUAGAGUUUGCGAAUUGAAAAUGGUUCUGAUGAUCGAAGAUUAGAGAGAUUGGAAAGUAAGGAUUUUAAUUUUGAUUAGGUAGUCAAACCAAUAAAUUCAAAUAUAUCUAGAUUUAAUUCAUUGUUGUAGGUGUGGAAAGAACAUGAUAUACCUGAAUAUCAUUAGAAGUACUACUAUAAUGUGAUAAUGAAACAUUAGCAAUAAGCUGAUGAAUUAAUGAGAAUUGAGAUUGAUAGCAUUACAAACAAUAAAAGUGUUGUUAGAACUUUACAUCAGUUGACAAUAGGAAGGGAAAGAUGUCUUAAAGAAAUAUCUAGAGCUAAGCAAGGAAAUAUUUCAGAUUUCUUGAAAACAAUUUCAAAAUUUAUUUAUGAUCUUCGCAAACUCACUUUGAAUUUAAUUGAAUUCCAUAGGAAAUGGAUAAAUUCUUUAAAUUCUAAGUACGAGUACAAUUAUAUAUGGAGAAUUAAGGAUAGAAAUUAUUUGCAUUAAAUAAAGGAAGAUCAUAAAUUUAUAUAAAAUCAUCAUCCUAAGAUGAGACAAUAUUUUUAAUUUAAUGAUGAAGAUAUCUUCUAUUUAAGUGUAGUUAGAUAAGCAGAAUAAGAUGAUUAAUAAAAAUAUGAUCAUUUAAUAAAACAUAAGAUGGAUUAAAAAUACAAAGAGAAGAUGAUAGAUCUAUAAGAAUAUUUUAAUAAAUAGAUAAAUGAUUAUAAACCAGUUAAUCUUGGAAGUUAAUCUUAUUAAAAUUCAGAUAUUAAUAAUCAUGCAGGUUCUCCAGGAUUUUAAGGUAAAAAUAAUAUAAAUUUGUCAAAUUAUGCAAGUAAGGUGAUAUACACAGCAGAAAAUUUGGAAUUUAAUUUAGUAUCAUAUCCAUUAAAGGAUUUGGAAGCAAUAUUAGAGUAUUGGUCUAAUCAAAAUGUAUAAGAAUUGAAUGACAGUUUUAAAUACCCUAUAAAUCAUAUAAAAGAUUUAUUAAUGUAUUGGUAGGAAGCUGCAAUAGUAAGAAUUAAUUAAAAUGGGUUAAUAAUAUGUUCAAUUGAUUAAGAAUUCAAUGGAAGAAGAUGGAUUUUACAUUAAAUAUAUUUAUAAAAAGAAGAGUAAUGGCAAUAGAAAUUGAAAGUUGUAAUUCAACAUUUUAUUAAAAUGUUGAUAUAAUAAGGAGACACUUUUACAUCAUUAGCAAUAUGUUGUAGUAAAGAUUAAUCUAUAAAAAAUGUAUUGAAUGAUUAGAAAUUCAUAUUUUAAAAGAACAUAACAUAUAAUAAAUUUAAUGUAGUAAUUUAUGAAUAAAAAAUUUAAAAUACUUAACAAUUAAUGAAUAGAUAAUAUUUCACUCCUUUAACAUUAAGAAUGCUUAGAAUUUAUGCAAAAUAAACAGAUUCAAAUUUGAUAACAAAUGAGGAAUUGCUUAUAGCUUAAUAUUGUGCAAAUAUUGGAAAGAAUACAAUUAUACAAUUUGAAAAUAAUAUAUUGGCUUUGUCUCCAUAUUUAAAUGUAAGAAAUAACAUUAAAUAAUAUUAGAAAUCAAAAUUAUAUGGUCAAGAAUAUAUGUUGAUUUAAAAACCAAAUGAUGUAAAAAAUAAAUACCAAAUUGAAUUUAAUACUCAUGUUUAGACUCCAGUCUAUUUUUAAUAAUUCAAUGUUAAAUUAAAUUUUAAAUAUUUCAGUAGUGAAUUCUAUCGUAAUAACACUUAACCAUAUCUUAGACUUACUGCUGUAAUUAAAAUUUAUAAAUAUAUAUAUAGCAUCCAACUAUGGAUAAAUAAGAACCCUCCAUUCUGUAAUUAAGUUCCUCAGAAAUAUCUAAUAGUAUGAUUUAUUUGAUUUCCACCAUUGACCCAUUUAUCAAAAUGUAUUCAAUUGUCACUCAAACAAUAGAUUCAUUCAAGAAGUACAAUCUAAUUAGAUAUCCAAAUCUAACAUUCAAUCUUUUAUCAAUCAAACUUUUGAGAAAUUUGAUAAAUAAUAAGAAUGUCAAAAUCAUGUUUGGCUACCUCAAUUCAAAUGUUCUGGAAAAUAACUGAAAUUAAAUGAUACCAAAAUUGAUGCUUACUUUUAAAAUGAUACUUAUUUAUCUGUAAUGUAUCCCAGGAAUCCUUCAUUACAUACUAAUAAAUUUUUUAAUGAUACAGAUAAAAUUAUUUAACCUCCAUUUCUUUUUGGAAUUGUAUAAAGUGAUCUAGAAUUUAUAAAUAAACCAUUAUUCUCCAUUUUAAUAGAUAAGGAGAAUAUCAUAAAAACAUCUGAAAAAACAAUUAAUAAUAACACUUCUUAUCCUACUUCUCUAUAAUUAUAGCCAAAAGAAACUGAAUCUGUUAUUAAGGAAUUAAUCAAAAAUACAGAUAUGGAAAUUAAGAAAUCUUUUUGUUCAGAUCCUUCUAUUUUGAUAUACAAAUUAAAGUAUUCACUUGAAUGUUCAUUAAUUAAUCUUAAUAUUGGUCAUGCACUUAUUUAUGUUGAUGAGAAUCAUAUCUUAGAAAAAAGAUGGGUUAUUGAAACUAUUAUGAUUAAUGAUAUAAAGAAUUUAUCUCGAUUGCUCACUUAAUUAAUUGAAUAUAUAUUUACUAUUGAUCCUUCAGCUAAUGAAAUACAAAUUAGUUAGGUAAAACAUCUAUAUACAUCUAGACACAUUAUUAAGAGAAACAAGAUUUGAUAGCAAAUAAAGAUAUCAUGGAUUCUAUUAAAAAGGCUAAAUUUAGAUGGAGAUAAGUUGAUAAUGAUGCCAAAACACAAAUUAGAAAGACUAUCUAUUAUCUUAAGCGAUCCCUUACUGAUUAGUAUCAUAUUAUAUAUAAUUAUUUAGUCCUAACAAAACACUCAAUUAAGUUUCAAUUUAAUUUAGAUCUUAUUAUGCUACUUAGUAAAGUCAAGAAAGAAAUCAAAUUCAAAAUCAUUUAGAAUAUAUUCAUUCAUCAAAUCUAUAUUAAUUCUUUGAGGAUUGUUUCUAAUAUCAUGUUAAUGGAUAAGUUCCUGAUUCAAACUCUUUCCUUUAAAAGAAAUUAUAAUCAAUUUAAGGUAAAUUACUUAAUUCAGAAUUCUUUACUAUCCAUUCUAUUGAAGAACUUAAAACUUAAAUUAAAUUUUAAAUUAAUUUACCUUCUUUUGAAAGUAAAUAUUAAUAGGUAUAUAUAUAAAUGUAAGAAAUUAGUUUGAUUUACUUUCAAUAAUUACUUAAUUGAAAAUAAAAAAAUAGAGACAAGUGAUUUAUAAAGAUAAAAAAUAUUUAGAAAUACCUAAUUAUGAUGGAUUACAAUAGAUAUUUGAAUCAGAAAAUUAUUAAUUGAAUUAAAAGAUCUUUUUUAUUGCAACUUAAGAUCCACUCUAUUUCAUUUAUUUUAUAGAAUUAAGGAAUCCAAAUUUGAUUCAAUAAAUUCAAUAAGAUUAACUUAACAUUGUCAGUCAGGUUUCAUAAGUACAUAUAAUUAUUUUACAAGGCCUUCGUAACUAAAUAUUCAAGCAAUUUCUAAUUAGUGUGGAUUGAAUAAUUUAAAAAAAUAAUUCCUAUCCAUUAAAAUUAGAAUUACUUAUAUAUUGAUUUUGCAUUGAAUUCACAAUUUUCAAUUGAAUAAUCUAUGAUAAUGGAAGAUGAAUCUAAUCAUAAUAUAGAAGAAAUCUAUAAGAUUAAGUUACCUAUGUUUUGUGGACUAUUGAAUACCUAAGUAAGAACCUAAUUUGAGCGUCCAUUGAUAGGAAUGAUAAUUGAUUGA